GUUGGAAGGUUCGUGUAGGAUUUUUGUCAAUUUUUGGCGUGACCCAUUCUCGGAAAGAUGACUUCUACAAAUCCACCUGUCCUCCCACAACAUGUCUACAGGAACAUCAGUAUGAGAGACUUUGAUGACUCGACCCAUGACAACGAUAGAAAAGAUCCUCAUGUGUUGGAACAGGACACCCUGGAGCAAGCAGAAGAAACUGCAAAUCGGGACCAUCCAAAGGUUAAGGUGGAACAAGUGGAUGAUGACAAUGAUUCUGACUGCAGUAGGAUGGAAGAUCUGUCAAAGAAAAACCUUCACCAGAAAGAAGAACGUUUUCGUGGAAAUCAUGACCUUUUACACCAUGACCCACAUACAUGUUCAUCUUCUGUGGAAAUGAGUCAUGAUACAGACUCCAGUAUGACAAAGGAUGGCAAAAAUAGCUUAAUGCAUGACAAUGGCAAACCAUUUGUGGAGAAGCAAUUCAGUUUAUGUGAUGAUCAGGGUGAUUCUCCUACAGCGAACAGCCAUGUGUUGCACCAUUGUAGUAAAAAGAAAGACAGUCAUGCUUUGUUUCAUCAUGGUCAGCCGGAAAGGCCAGUAAAGUACAGUAAUAUGUACUUACAAGAGAAGAUGGUGAAAAAUAAAAAUGAAGAUUCGCAUUGUGUCAAAAAGAAAAACGAUGUAGAGGAUGGCCACGGGGUGUUUGACCAUGACCAGCAAGACAUUCCAGUACUUUACAGCAAUAAAUGUCUUAAUGAUGGUGCGGGAAGUGAUAACAAUGAGAAUAUUUCCAGUGACACCGACCAGCAAAAACCACCGGUUGAGAAAUGUGAUAAAGGUUCUUGUGAUGAGGAAAUGCCUAUAAACUACAGCCAAAAACAUUCACCUAUCAAAGAGGAACCUUGCUGUAAGAGUCCUAAAAUGGACACUAACUGUAGAACUUCAGUACAGAGAAAACGGGGAAUUUCCAGUCAUAAUAGUGAAAAAGCUUUAAACCCACCUCAAAAAGUGUUUUCUGGCCAAAACAGUGGUAACAAUUUACGUCAGGGUGGUGAUGACCCAAAAGCAAAUGCUUUACACCAGAGUAAGUCUUCUGUAAAAGGUUGUGGGGAGAUGUUGAGUGAUGGUGAUGAUGAUGAUGAUGAUCCUCUAGACGAUGUUUUACACCAGAGCAAGUCUUCUGUAAACCAUUGUAACAUGUUGUGUGAUGACCCACAAGAUGUUACUACAGCUGUUGAUCAAAAUCAACAGAUAAUGUCUGUGAACGGUGACAAGGCAAACCCUGGAGACUUCCCAGAUGACAAUUUAACCAUAUCCUUUUACAAUACUAAACUCCCAGCAGAGGACUGUCCAAUGUUGCUAAAUGAAGACAGGGGCAAUUGUAUUUUUGAAGAUGAGGACAAGGACAAGGACAAGAGUUAUCCUGUUAAGGAGGAAUCAGCUGAUGGUCAGGUUCUGGAUGCACCAAGCCAGAAGGUUCUAGAUGCUUUGGUUCCUGGUCGUAUUCCUCCCAUACCUUCUGAGCAUCAUCAAAAAGUGUGUCCACCAGCUCCUUCAGAAUGUCAGCAAGAUGUAUUUCCACCAACACCUUCAGAGCAGCAGAAAGAUACGUUUCCACUAUCAUCUUCAGAGGACCAGCAAGAUUCGUGUCCAUCAUCACCUUCAGAGCACCAGCGAGAUUCGUUUCCACCAUCACCGUCAGAGCACCAGCCAGAAACGUUCGAAAGUAAAAACUCGACAGACGGCAAAGCCAUCCCACUUCAUCCCGAGAAGGAGGAGAGUGUGUAUAUGUGCGGAGAGUGUCUGCAGUGCUUCACCAGCAGCACGCUCCUCCGAAGUCACAUGGUCGUGCACACGACCGAGCGUCCAUACGUGUGCGAAGUCUGCACCAAGUCGUUCGCUCGGCGGGAGUGUCUGAAACGUCACAUGUUGAUUCACUCGGGCGAGAAACCGUACAAAUGCGAGGAGUGUGAGCUGACGUUCCGGGAGAGCGGCCACCUGAAGCGGCACAUGAUCCAGCACACGGGCGACCAGACCUACAGCUGUCCCGUCUGCUCGUACUGUUUCGCAGACAGCGGCCGCCUGAAAACCCACAUGUUGACGCACACGGGAGAAAAACCCUUUGAGUGUAACGUGUGUCUGAAGAGGUUCUCGCAGCGCGGGAAUCUGAAGAUCCACAUGACCAUCCACACAGGCGAACGACCAUACCAGUGCGGAAUCUGCUCCAAGUCGUUCUCCGAGAACAGGACCCUCAAGAGACACCUGUUAGUCCACACGGGGGAAAAGCCUUUCGUGUGUAACGUGUGUAUGAAGACUUUCUCCCAGAGCGGGCAUCUCAGGACCCAUUUGACCACGCACACUGGGGAGAGACCGUACCGCUGCGAUCAGUGCUCGAAAUCAUUCUCGGACAGUGGAAAUUUGAAGAGACACAUGCUGGUGCAUACGGGACAGAAGCCAUUCCAGUGUGAGAUCUGUGCUAAAAGGUUUUCCCAGAAGUGCAGUCUGGACGCCGACAUGUUGGUUCACGCUGGUCAGAAGCCGUACAAAUGUCAGAUCUGUUCGAAAUCGUUCACCCAGAACAGCACCCUGAAAAGACACAUGCUCGUCCACGGCAAAGGCAAACCUUACAAGUGCGACGAAUGUGGUAAGACUUUCUCUCAGAGUGGAUACCUAAAGACACACCUGCUGCUUCAUUCGGGCAACAAGCCCUUCAAGUGCGACAUAUGUUCCAGAGAGUUCACCAACUACAGCAGCCUGAAGAAGCACUGGCUGGUACACACUGGGGAGAAACCUUUCGAGUGCCGCGUAUGCCACAAGGGAUUCUCCCAGAGUGGACAGCUCAACCGGCACAUGUCUGUGCACACGGGGGACAAGCCGUACCAGUGUGACGAGUGCCUCAAGUGUUUCACGGAGCGCGGGUCCCUUAAGAAGCACAUGCUCGUGCACACGGGAGAAAGACCGUUUGAGUGUGACGUGUGCGGGAAGACUUUCUCUCAGCGUGGAAAUCUCAAGACUCACCUGGCCAUACACGCAGCGGACGGCAGUGGCGGGGAUAGCGGCGGUGAUGGUGUAAUGAGUUCAGAGAACGUGCAGAGUCUUCUGAAGACGAUAGGUUUCUAAAGAAAACGUCCAGUCUUGUAAAACCAAAAGAAUUAAGUCUUCUCAAAACAAUAGGAUUCUGAAGAAAAAGUCCAAAGUAUUCUCAAAACAACAGGGUUCCAAAGAAAACGCCCAGUCUUGUAAAACCAAUAGAAUUCCAAAGAGAUCAUUCAGUCUUCUUAAAAGAAUGAAAUUCUCAAGGAAAUAUCCAGUCUUUUACUUCUAAAAACAAUGGGAUAAUAUUCUGUAAUCGAACCUGGAAUGAACAAUUGAAAAAUGUUCUGUCAUGUGCACCAUGUACAUGUAGAUUAUUUCCAUGCAUACAGUGAGCAAUUACCAUUCGCUUCCCAUUUAGCCUUAGAGAGGAAACCCGCAACAUGUUUCCAUUAGUAGCUAGGGAUCUUUUAUAUGGGGGCGGGACGUAGCCCAGUGGUAAAGCGAGGGCUCACUCUAUGCGCGGUCGGACUGGGAUCGAUCCCCGUCGGUGAGCCCAUUGGGCUAUUUCUCGUUCCAGCCAGUGCACCACGACUGGUAUAUCAAAGGCCGUGGUAUAUACUAUCCUGUCUGUGGGAUGG